AUGACACAGGGAAUGGACUCAGUAAACGUCUCACUGGUGACUGAAUUCAUUCUCGUAGGGUUAACAGAGCAGCCUGAUCUCCAAAUACCCCUGUUCUUUCUGUUUCUUGCAAUGUACCUGGUCACUGCAUUGGGAAAUUUGUUUUUGAUAACUAUAACUGUGCUGAAUUCUCACCUUCACACUCCUAUGUAUUUUUUUCUCUUUAACUUGUCUUUCAUAGACCUCUGCUAUUCUUCAGUGUUCACUCCCCAAAUGCUAAUGAACCUUAUAAUAAGGAAGAAUACAAUUUCUUACAUGGAAUGUAUGACCCAACUCUAUUUCUUUUGUUUUUUUGUUAUUUCUGAGUGUUAUGUAUUGACUUCGAUGGCCUAUGAUCGCUAUGUGGCCAUCUGUAACCCACUGAUGUAUAGUCUUGUCAUGUCCCCUAAGGUAUGUUUGCACCUUAUUCUUGGUUCAUACUUUGUUGCAUUUGCUGAUGCUGUAGCUCACACUGCAUGCAUGCUGAAAUUGAAGUUUUGUGAUGCUAACACCAUCAACCACUACUUCUGUGAUAUUCCUCCUUUGCUUCAGCUCUCCUGUACAAGCACAUAUGUCAAUGAACUUGUAAUCUUCGUUGUUGGGUGCAUUAAUAUCAUUGUUCCUUCUUCAACUAUAUUCAUUUCCUACGGUCUCAUCCUCUCCAGCAUCUUCCGCAUCAGAUCCUCUGAAGGCCGAUCCAAAGCUUUCAGCACCUGUGGCUCCCACCUCAUUGCUGUUUUUCUGUUCUUUGGUUCAAGUACAUUUGCAUAUUUCAAAUCCUCCUCAGCUGGUUCUUGGGAUGAAGGAAAAAUCUCUUCUGUCUUUUACACCAAUGUGGUUCCCAUGAUGAACCCCUUAAUCUACAGUUUGAGGAACAAAGAUAUUAAAGUUGCCCUCAGGAAAUCUCUGAGCAGGAAGAACUUUUGA